CUACAUUAUUAUUUAUUAUCAACCAUUGCAAUAUCAUCAUCAAGAAGUGACAUGGUUUACUCAAAAUCUUAUUUGUUUCUUGGUCUUAAUCUUUUUGUUUUUCUCUCUUCUCAAGCUUUAGCUGAUAUUCAUGUUUCACCAAUGCUUACUGUUGAACCCAAUCUUCCUUCAAUGGCCGAUCAACUCAAUCACAAUCAAAUAUCAAAGAUAAAGGCGUAUUUCAGCCUCAUCGAUAAGGAUGAAGAUGGUUUUAUUGAUAAUGAAAAUUUUGUGGCAGUUUUCCAUAUGUGUGACAAGGAUCAGAAUGGUUUUGUCUCUACAUCUGAGUUGCAUUAUUUUAUGACAUAUAUCGGCCAAAAGGUGACAUAUGAAGAUGUGGAAGAAUUUGUUCGUGAGGCUGAUUUUGAUGGUGAUGGACAAAUAAACAUUGAGGAGUUUGUCAAAGAUUUGUCCAGGAGCGGAUCAAACACAUGACCUUAUGAUUGUGCAUAUUAAGUUCUACCACUUAGCUAUUCUGAUGUUGUUGUCAUUAAGAUGCAAAUUAUAUAUAUAUAUAAAAAAAAAAUUUCUUUUGUGACAUUUCCCA